AGAGAUCCAGACGCCACUAAGGUUUCCUCACUGAACCAUACGCCAAAAGCUUGUGUUUUAUGAGCUGCUUUAUGGAUUACUCUCUAAGAAAACAGCUUUCAUUAAAAUAAUAAACCGACAUAUUUUUCAUCAACGAGGACAGCAGGAGAAAAGCAUUCCAAAUGAUGGCAGAGCACGGAAACCCCUGUGAUGCACAGGAUGCCACUUAUUGCUUAAAUGGAGCGUCAUGUUAUGAAUUAUCUUCAAUGAAAGCGUUUUCCUGUGUGUGCAGAGAAAAUUACAAAGGAAGUAGAUGUGAGCUGUAUGAGCUCUUAGCCCAGUCUCCGGAUGAACAGGACCGAGGAUUAUUAGCAGCUGUGGUCAUUGUUGGCGUUCUCAUCUUAGUGGUGCUGGCAGUCAUUAUCUACUAUGUUGUCAGGAUGCUGAUGUUAAAACCUAACAACCAAAACAACCGAAACAGCAGAGAAAAAAAGAGAAUGAAUGUAUAAAAUUGAAAGUAUGACCUUCCCAGAUGAUGUACAGUCCCCCCCCCCU